UUGCGCAAGUGCAACAGCAGCUUCACAUCCUGACAGAUGAAACAAGGUUUUGGUCGUCCGUGGAGAGAUCGUGUGGGUGUGCAGACUGUUGGCGUCUAAUAGAAUGGAGGCUGUUGGGAAGUUUGAAUACGCAGCCACGGCCGACGAAGAGCUGAGCUUCAAAAAGGGAGAUCAGUUGAGGAUACUGGGAACCACUGAUGAGUGGUUCAAAGCUGAGAUGUGCGGAAGAGAGGGCUUCGUACCCAUGAACUACAUAGACAUACAUCUUCCAAGCUGGUACCAGGAGAACGCCAGCCGGGCGGAGGCCCAGGACAGCCUGAUGGCCAAACCUCUGGGCUCCUUCCUCAUCAGGGGCAGCCAGAGCACUCCGGGAGACUUCUCCAUCUCUGUCAGACACGAGGCUGAUGUUCAGCACUUUAAGGUGAAGAUGGACAGCAGGGGGCAGUAUUACGUCUGGACUGACAAGUUCCCCUCGCUGAAUAAGCUGGUGGAGUUCUACAAGAAGAACUCCGUCUCGAAGACAAGCAGGAUCUGGCUCCUGGAAAUGGAACCACACCACCAAAGGGCCGCAUCGCAGAGUCUACCCCCAAUACCUAACCUGCGCCCAGCCCAAACUCUAGCCCCAAUACCUAACCUGCGCCCAGCCCAAACUCUAGCCCCAAUACCUAACCUGCGCCCAGCCCAAACUCUAGCCCCAAUACCUAACCUGCGCCCAGCCCAAACUCUAGCCCCAAUACCUAACCUGCGUCCAGCCCAAACUCUACCCCCAAUACCUAACCUGUGCCCAGCCCAAACUCCAGCCCCAGCACCCUACCACCCCCCUGAUCCACUCCCACCCCCACAGCCCAUGCCGUCGUCCCCCUCGGAGCAGGUGAAGGCUCUGUACAACUUUGUCGCUGAGGAGAGGGACGAGCUGGACUUCAGCGCCGGUGACAUCAUCGAGGUCCUGGAGCGCUCCGACGUGUCCUGGUGGACCGGGAAGCUCCGUGGACGCACCGGCCUCUUCCCCUCCAACUACACCACGCCUGUGUGAGGGAGGACAGUGUUGUGUGUGUGUGUG